ACUCGGCUUUCAAAAUUGACGCUAAAUUACUUCAACGGCGCCACUGUCUCGCUAGUGACAUUGAUGGGAACAUAAGGGGCACAUGUGGUAAUUUCUAUUCGGCCUCACUGCACCAGCGUCUUUGCAGUCCAUAAAACGUCCCCUGAAUAGCUCACCUGAGCAGCCGGAUAUACCUAUAUAUUUUUUUCAAUCACAAAAGUCUUAAGUUGGUGUAAAAGAGACUCGACUCGACUAAAAUUUGUGAUAAAUCCACAACAUCAAUAUGACGUCCCGCUUCGAGAAGGAGCGUGUCAAACAAAUUCAGGAUAAAUGCCAGGAUCUCCUCACACAAAUGUUAAGAGAUGAGGACAAUAAGUACUGUGUCGACUGCGAUGCCAAAGGGCCAAGAUGGGCAAGCUGGAACCUGGGAAUAUUCCUGUGUAUUCGUUGUGCAGGAAUUCAUAGAAAUUUGGGUGUUCACAUCAGCAAAGUCAAAUCUGUUAAUCUGGACACAUGGACGCCGGAGCAAGUCGUGAGUCUACAACAAAUGGGGAACUCCCGGGCCCGCGCAGUGUACGAAGCGAAUCUCCCCGACACCUUUCGUCGACCUCAGACUGACUGCAGUCUCGAAAGCUUCAUUCGUGCCAAGUACGAGCAUAAAAAGUACAUAGCGCGUGAGUGGGUGCCCCCUACCCCUCCCAAAGUCAAUUGGGAUAAGGAGCUAGAUGACGAGGCUGAGAAGCAGCGCAGACGAAAAAAGGAGGGAAGUAAGUCAAGCACCACCCAGAGCCAAUUCCCCUCAGUGAAGAAACCAGAGGUGGUGCCACAACUGCCAAAACCCCGUAGUUCAGUGAGUCCAAAGCCGUCGAGAGCAAGUAACAAUGGCGGUGCAACCCUAGAUCUCCUUGGUCUCGAUGGUCCAACAAAUCAGACGACUACAAAUGGCUCUGGCUCUGGUGACGAUGUCUUCUCAUCUUUCCUGUCAGCUGCACCAACAGCAUCACCAGCACCAAAACAAGCGUCAACCAAUGGCACGAUAGAAACAUCAACAACGACUGCCAGUAAAGCUGAUGAGGACAGUUUCUUCAAUCAGCCAGCACCCACUACCCAGGAAAAAAGUAAAAUGACGAAAGACAGUAUUCUCGCACUUUAUGGUACACCAAGUCAACAAUCAGUAUUUGGUGUACCCAGUGGCAUUUACAAUCAACAGGCAUUACCCCAAUACACACAACCGAUACAAAAUGUUGGAAGUUUUGGGCAGAUAGUUCCUGGACAAAUGCCGAUUGCUGGAAAUCAGAUGAAUGUUAAUGGCAUUGGGUUGAGCAAUCCUCUAGGAGGAAAUAUGCAGAUGGGAGCUGGCAAUGGAGCUAUCAACUCUGGCAUUGCUAUGCAGACUCAGAUGCAGAGUGGUGUGACAUCUGUUGGUUCGCAGAUGAUCCAGAUGGGACAGACCCCGGUUCCUAGUAAUAAUGGAUGGAGUGGAAUGCUCGCUCAGAAUAUCCAACCUGCACCUGGAAGCAAUCCUUUCGUCAAUUUAGGAACGCAGGCUCCAGUUAAUAGUACAUUUGUGACACAGUUGCCCCAGCAGAUGUCUCAGAUGUCCUUGGGGGGACUUGGAAAGCCACCACCUACUGCACUUCCCGGCCAAACCUUGUCAAGCAAUUUGUGGCAGUAACAACGUGCCUGACACUGGUAGGUGGAUAUGGAUUACACAUUAUCCACUUUUUUUAUCCUUUCGAUGUAAUCUAGACGCGUCGCAGGUGAAGGGAAAGGUGUGUAAUCAGCAAUCUUCGGGUUCAUUGAAAGGGUUAGGUACACGUUGUUGUGCCCGGAACGGUUGACGUCAACCGUUUCCAAACGGAUUUAUAAUCAAUCAAAAAAAUAAUUAUAUUUGAACGGAAAUUUACUUUUUGGCCGCGUGAUUAAUAAAAUGAGAAAUACACGUUCGACGUUGGAGAUAGAAAUCCCAUAAAAUUGUAAAUUGUAAAAAAAUUAUAUGUUAGACGAAAAGUAAUAAAAUGUAACAGAAGGAAAUCGCAGACUUAAAUUUUUAGAAUCAUGGUAUAUCCUGAAUUAUCUUAAUGGUAGCCAAUUUGGCAGGAAAAUCCAUCUACAUAUAAAAGCAACUUUUCGUGGUAUUUUGAGUUGGAAGAAAGGAUUCACAUACUCACUACUCAAUUAGUUAAAAUUUUAUAAACAUUAUUUUGCAAAUGGCUCUCAAAUUAUGAAGUUCGUAGAAAAAUAUCUACAUAUUUCUCUUCUAGAGCGUGACAUUCCUCAUAAAAAUAUCACUUGAUAAUUUUCCUACUUUUUUUUCUCUCGGAGCUAUUUCGCUGUCUUAUUUUAUUAUUCAACUACUAGAAAUUAAAGUGUCAGAAAAAUAAUCCGCGCUGAAUAAUAAUCCGUGAUGAAUAUUUUAUCAGAAAUUAAUGAAGAAAAAAUAUAAACGAAAUGCAGAGUAAUUCCAACUGUCUACAUUUCCAUAGGAUCAACAUCAAAACUGCUAAUUGCAAAGAAAAGAAUCGACAUUCAUAGAAAAAUAGUAAGAUGUUAUAAGACUCUCGAUAACACAAUCACCAUUGUAUUUGACAAUUGUAAAUACUAUCAUAUCAUAGAAAUCAGCUGCAGUGAAUAUUUUAUUACUUGCAAGAAAACAUAACAAGAAACAAGAUAACCAUGCGUCAAGAUAAUUCGCCUUGUUGUACUUCAAAAGAAUUUAUCGACAGUAAUUAUUGUUUUAGUAGUAAAACGAUUCGAUUCACUCGAGAUAUUUCGAAUGAGAAUAGUUGAGAUAGUUGGUUGAUUGCCUAAAAAAUAUACCAUUUCAUUUAUUUGUUUACUUGUAGAGGAAAUGGUAUAUUGUGAAACAAGGGUAGAAAGUUAGGUUUCCCCACUUAAGAUGCAUAAAAUACUAUUUUACAUUUUCUCAUGAAUUAACUGAUUUAUAAAUAACAAUCAAUAACGUCAAGUAUUCUGAUAUCCUCUCAAUCAAAUAUCUCGAAAGUUAAUGGAACCCACGAAAACUGUAGAGAUUAUUUCUGAAGCUUAAAAGUUCUUCGAAAAAAAAUAACACGUCUUGACAUGUUGCGUGAAUCUAAUUGUUGUCGAGGAAAUCUAUUAAAGAUUAAGCAUUUAAUUUCACUAAAUUAUUCUCGACACUGAUUUCCUCUGGUUAGAGAAAUAAUUGAGAGAGUGAAAAUGAAUGAGAUGAAUGUUCAUUAGAAUCGCUGAAUCACUUCAUCAAUUCACGAAGGAAAUUUGUUUCGUAAAUUGACCCCUGAAAUUUCUUUCGUAAAACAUAUGCCACUCGACAAUAACUCGUGUUCCCUGACAUUCGAAAAUAUUUCAUAACAUUUUGUAAAAGCCUGUUGAAUGUCUGUUGAACUUCCAUGGAAAUUCUGUGAGUGUUUGGCCUAAUUUCAAAAAUAAUAGUUGAUACAAAAAUUCACUUCACUAACGACGUAGGAAUGAACGAUAGAAUUUUUCAAUAUAACCGGCCAAAAACUUGACAUUUAUUAACAUUUAUUAGAAAUUUCCAAGGAAUACCCUGGAUUUCGAUGAAAUUUUUCCAUAUAUAAAAACAUCUACUCAUUGCAUGGAGAAAAUAGUUACAGAAAAAUUACUCUGCCCGGCACUAAAAUCGAGGUGCAAAAUACUAGAAUGCCAUAAAUUUUGUAGUACAUUUUGUAAUUAAUGAGAUGUGGCUUCGCAGAAACUUUUAUUUGAGUUUAGAUGCAAAAUUGAUAGAAAUCUUUUAAGAAUUCUUAUCGAGAUCAAUUUUCUUUUAUCAUGCUCUCCUUCAUUGUUUACUGUGCCACACAGCAAUUUUUCGUUAACUCAUGAUUAUUAGUUAACGAUGAGGGCUAAAUAUAGUCAACUAUUACCAACGUUGUAUUUCGUUACGGAACCUGUUGCACCAGCCAUUCAGCGUCAAUCUCCCUGACUUCAAAUUUUUACGAGGCCAAUAUAGAAGUUUUCCUAAAUCGAUAAAGAGAUUUUACUAGGCAACAUGGUAAUUUUUCUCAGACAUGUAAUUUGCGCCAAGAUUGUACCGCAGCACAGUAAUUUUUAUCGGAGUCAAAGUAGAAAAAUUUUCCGAUUUUCUCUCCGUGUGUUCUACCAAUACAGGGGCGCCUAAUUAUAGAAGAACCGUAAUUAUUGAAAUAUUGUGGAGAGAAAUAGAGAUCAAAAUAUUGAUCAAUACACCUGCACGGAAAUUUCGUAGUUCGCUCUCUGAUGAGUCCGCAAAAGCUGGCACUUCUCGCCCUAAAAUUAAAGUGAGCGAGGAAACAUGACUUUCCGCCCCUUUUGCACAACAAGCUAUUUCACAUUCAGUUUGCAUCGUAACCUACUUAUCUAUUUCUAAGUUAUGUUUAUUACGAAUGCAUCAAAAAAAAAAAAAAUCUUGAAAAUACGUUUCCCGUGAAAUAGGCAAAAUCAAUGUAAAAUUGUCUAAUUGAUCUCUGGUUCUUCUUCACUGUACUAUAAAUUAACUGAAUAAUUUACAUAAUAGGGGUGUCCCGAUGUGAGUGUCAUCCGAUAAUUGAAAGUGAACUUAAAUUUUACACAUAAUUAUUGUACAAUACGAUUGAAGUUUCAAGUUAUUUUAAAGAAGAAUUGAUUGACGAUUAAAUCGUUGGGCAAUUUCCAACUUUAGAUAAAUUAAAUUAUUACAUAACAACAAUUGUAUUAGUCUUUAGUCGUACGAAAAGAUGAAACUUAAGUACUAUUGGUAAUCGUAGUAAUUGCUAUUGUUAUUGUAGCUUCUAAUGCAGUAGCGUAUUCUUCAUUUCUAUGUAUUCUUAUUAUUUUAUUAGCUGGUAUAAAUCGGGUUGAGAUGAGAGGGAAGCAGUACUGUCAUGCAUAAUACGUUGGUUGAAGAUAACCGAAUUAAUUUUGCAGGUUUUAGUUUUUCAGUGCGGAUUGCGUACAUAAUUUAUACAUCACUGAGAUAUGAACAUUCACACUUUUGUGGAUAAUGAGAUGUGAAUGUUGAGCUAAUAAAAAUGACUGUAAAUGCGUGCAUGUAUAGAGAGGUAUGAUGAUUAUUGAGAUAUAAAAAUAAAUAUUGAGUAAAAAUUUUCA